AUGCUCCGAUAUCAUUUUGUCUUUGUCUUUCCUUCUCUUUCGUUCUCACUCUUUCUUUCUCUCCCUCUUUCUCUCUGUUUCUCUCUCUCGUUUGAUCUCAUUUCCUCUCCCCCCCCUCUCUCUCUCUCUCUCUCUCUCUCUCUCUCUCUCUCUCUUUUGAUCUCUUUCUCUUCCAAAUUUUCUUUUUGUAACAGUGUUUCUUUCAAUAUAUUUCUUUCUAUUUCUCUUCCUGUCCUAAAAUGUCCGUUCAUUAUCUAUCUAUCUAUCUAUCUAUCUAUCUAUCUAUCUAUCUAUCUAUCUAUCUAUCUAUCUAUCUAUCUCACUUUCUUACUUUACCAAAACCGUACACGUUCACAUUUCCUCCUCCUCUUUCUCCAUGGAGAUACUGAUUUAGACCCAUAUUUUAUUUCUAUCUAUCUAUCUAUCUAUCUAUCUAUCUGUCUGUCUGUCUAUCUAUCUGUUCAUAUAUAUACCUAUCUAUCUAUGUAUCUAUCUAUCUAUCUAUCUAUCUAUCGCAAUCUAGAUAUAGACAAACAAUUCUUCAAUCACUCUCACUAUCUAUCUAUCUAUCUAUCUAUCACACCCUUUUAUCUAUCACGCCCUGUUCAUAUCUAUCUAUCUAUCUAUCUAUCUAUCUAUCACACCCAAUUCAUAUCUAUCACGCCCUGUUCAUAUCUAUCUAUCUAUCACACCCUAUUCAUAUCUAUCACGCCCUGUUCAUAUCUAUCUAUCUAUCACACCCUAUUCAUAUCUAUCACGCCCUGUUCAUAUCUAUCUAUCUUUCUAUCUAUCUAUCUAUUUCCGUAUCUAAGAAAUCAUCGGGGAUGA